ACUACGAAACUGUCCUACUAAAACCGAUCGAUUUCUCGGUUUGCGUUCCGCCGAAUGCUACAUAGCAAAGAGAUCAGAGUGCGAUGGUGAGGCUAAUGCUUACGUUUUCCUCGGAACGUGUCACGGAAGGCAGAUUUGUUUCCGCUUUGGCUGAAACAAGAUUCCGUCAUGGAGUGGAUGAUGCUGAAGAGGGCGAAGUGAAUGAUGGCUCAGAACCGGAGGACGUUGAAUCAGAUCCAGCAGCUCCUCCCACUGGAUCUCCACGGAUUUUCAAUCACGUUCAACCGUCUACUCUACUUCCAGGAUUUCGACCCUCAUUCAACCCUGAAUAUUUCAGGUUUAAUCCCAUGGGUCCCCCAACUCCGACUACAGGCCCGUUUCCAGGGACACUUCCUCAGCGGCAAGAUACUAACAAUAUGUUUCCACCUCGGGAACCGCCAGGCCAUUCGGUCGAGAUAGGCGUGAACACCCCAACUAGAAACGACCCACCUCCGAAUACUAUGGUGCAGCGCUUCAAUAUGCCACGGUUUACUCACCCACCUCCAUUCCCAUUUAUUCCUCCUCCUGGAGGACCUCCAACGAUGCUGCCGCCGUCUGGUGCUCCCGGUUUCGGCACUCCGGACGGUCUUACACAGCAUCCUCCGCCUCGCCCGACGUUACCAAGCGCGUUGAUUCCUCCCACGCCUCCUGCGCCUACCACAGGUUCUCAGCAAGAGAUAGAACAGAUGCACCGCAUGUAUCAAAGGGCGUGUCAACUUUACGAGCGAGCAGUGGCUAAAGUGAACUCGUCUGCGAGCACUUUGCCUCUGGGACCCCCUCCAAGACCUCCACCACCUCCUUUUCUGCCGAUACCUGUUACACCUGAAACGGUAGCAAACAGAGCCCCCUUGGGGGCUCCACCAAUUACUAGCACAACUGGAGGCGGUGCUCCUUUUCCAAGUCCAACUGAUCACCCCGGUAUGCGUGCUCCCGUUUCACUCCAAGAUCCGAAACCAAGUACGGAACCUUCUUCACGUCCAGAAUUCCCUCCCCCUCCACCCCGCUUAAAUUUACCUCCAGCAUCUCAAGCUUCACUCGCACGCCUCCCCCAAUCCACUUACGAUGUUGCGUAUGCCGCUGCUUACAAACAAACGAUGGCUGUUAUGCCCUCACCCGCGAGCGGUGGCCCUGCCCCAAACACUCCGGAGCAUGCGGCUACUUGGCAACGCUAUAUGGACUAUCAUCUCCGUUACUACCUACAAGCUUAUGCCUCAAUGACAACGAACAACGACCCCACCGCAUCUAAUCCAGUUAUCGACGUUCCGUUGACCACCUCUGCGCAGACAUCCACCCCUGUGGUUACAUCAUGUGAUGCUUCCAGCGGAGCUCAUUCCUUGAUGGUUACUGAAACACCUGCGCCCGUCUUCACUAUGUCAUCCAAACCAAUUGCACCUUCCGAGUCUUCGUCCACAUCGCCCAAGCGAACGCGUCGCAAUAACACAAGUCCUGUUCAAGAAGAACGUAGCUCGGAGACUUUGAGCAACACUAUUACUGACUCUAACAGUGGCUUUGAAACAAACGCGGCUGGUUCCAACGCUCCUAAAGUGGCGCCUGCUGUGAUGCUAGAGGACACGAGAUCUUCAAAGUGCAUUUGGAUAAGCAAUCUCGCUCAGGGUGUCAAGGCAGUUGAGCUGAAGGAACGUUGUGCCCCCUACGGUCACGUUCAAACCAUCAAAAUUAUUGGGAGCCGAAAAAGCACCCCACCAUCUAUCUAUGCUUACUUGGUCAUGGAAACUGCAGACGCUGCGCAGCGUCUGGUCGAAGGUCUACAGGGCGCCAUGUUUCACAAUCAGGAAAUUAAAAUUAAACGGAUUAACGCCCUCCCGAUACCUUGAGGAUUUGUUUUCAUCCUACUCUUUUACCGAUAUUACUGCUGCUUAUGUACAGUCCUCAUGUCGCCAUCCUUUUGUGCCUCAUGCCUACAACGUGUACUGGAUAUUACCGGAUGAAUUCCUCACUUAUGUUUACCAUAUUGUGGUCAUUUUCUCUGCAUGAGUGCGUCACUCUUGUUACCCUUCGGGGGGUUUACCAGCGUGAAUAGCAAUCUUCUAUUGCACUAAUCCUAUUCCUCCUCAGUUUCGGCCAUUUUACCCAGAUUUAGCGCAUUAAGUCUCGUUCUCCGAACUAUACCUCGCACUUUACAUUCAGAGCGCUUUAGUCGCGCACAGAGAUCAGUUGGUUCUGCUUGUUAUAGCCUUUCAUCACCACUAUUGUUUCAAAUAUCCGAAUAAAAGUAGUUGUCUAUUUCUUUGCUCACGAUUGACAAGUACUGUUUAGACGAUGCCCUAUACGUAGAUUGAGUAGUUGCCUAUGGAUUUCCAUCUGCCAUAUGUGUCCAGUGCAUCUCCACUUUCUCCAGUCUUUGGAAUCGAUCCUAAUUCUGUGUUUGUGCUUUUCUUAACGACAGCACAUCAUCCGAAAAAAGGUCUCAUCAAAUGCAAACGGAUUAUUCUGUACUCUGUAUACACUACUUAACCUGUGGAACCGGCCGUUAGGUUAUGAUGAGAUAUGAGCAGAAUGGCCACCCGCCAAGUAUCCGUUAUGCUCUG